UCGGCGAUCGCGGAGAGAGGGCGCGAUGUUUUUUCACAUCGAGCAGGAGAAGAACAUAGUCCUAGAGCCGAUGUACUUCGGGAAGCGGAUGCGGGAGAUGAUCGAGUCGCGGGUCCGGCAAGAGGUCGAAGGAAGCUGCACGGGGAGACACGGGUACAUCGUCAUGGUGACGAAUAUCGUGCACAUCAGCGAGGGGAUGAUCACGGACGACGGCACCGCGCGCGCGAAGUUCCACGUCAAGUACAGCGCCAUCGCGUUUCGCCCGUUCAAAAACGAAGUCUUGGACUGCGUCGUCGUGCAGGUGACCAAGUUCGGGUUCUUCGCCGAGGCCGGCCCGCUGAAAUUGUUCGUCUCGAACCAGCUCGUGCCGGAAGAGAUGGUGUUCGAGAGCGUGGACGAGAACGCGUACGUCGACAAGACGGACAUUUCGCACAGGAUCGUGAAGGAUAUCGAGGUGCGCGUGAAAGUCGUCGGGCUGCGCAUCGACCACAACGAAAUAUUUUGCGUCGCAACGAUGAAGGAACCUUAUCUCGGACCUAGUCCUGCCUAGGACUAGGUGGAGCGGUAGAGGUCGCCGCGUGGACGGUGCGACGUGUUGGGGGUGGGCGGAGAUGCGGGUAUCUUAUAGCGAGCGCGGCGUCGAUGUAACGAAAGAAGACGCCUCGAAC